CGCACAAGAGACGUUGAUCCGGCAGUUGGUUCUUUGCUAAGUUUAAAAGUACUACAGUUCCUCUGCACACCGGACCGCUACCGACACAACGCCAGCUACAGCUCGUCUACCGGGUCCGCUCUUUUUCCCAGAGUCGGUUCCUCCGGACGACACAGACACACCGUGAGUUUUUCCUUCUUCCAGCGGAUUGAUUUCGGGACUCAAUUCGGGUCCGAUUCGUUUUUCCGGGUCGGCUGUUACUGGACCGCAGCCUGUUUGGGUGCCACCAGAGUGAGAAAAACUGCUUCAACCGUCGGCCGACGCUUGUUUUUCUCCUCCCCGACCCAUUUUUCAGUUGUUUUUUUCACCACCGCAGUUGUCAACUUGGAGCCCUGUUGGGAAAUUGACAAACCCCCCCUGAAUUCCGUUACCGACACAGGACGUGAUUUGGACGAGGAUCCGCAGAGUGGAGCGUGACGCCAGUGGAACUUGUUUACUCCACUGUGAGAACCACAUUACCCUCAAUUCCUGCAAACUGACAAUACAGUCAGAGUUUACUAGCUCUCUUUACUAGAUACUUUCAGAGGAUAAAACUGCUGUGAAGAGGACCAGAAUGACCAACAACACAGCAGACGACCCUCCGGGGAAUUCGGUUGCAAAAGGCAACCAUGAUGGCGACUAUGGAGUGAGCAUGAUGGAACUGAGGAGCCUGAUGGAGCUGCGGGGUGAUGAAGCUGUCAACAAGAUACGGGACACUUAUGGAGAUGUGCACGGAAUCUGUCGCCGCCUCAAAACAUCAUCUGUACAAGGUCUGGCUGGUAGCACAAGUGAUUUGGAAAAACGCCACACGGCUUUUGGAAAGAACUUAAUCCCCCCAAAGAAGCCCAAGACAUUCCUGCUGCUGGUGUGGGAGGCUCUGCAGGAUGUCACACUCAUCAUCCUGGAAAUCGCUGCAAUCAUCUCGCUCGGCCUGUCCUUCUACAAGCCACCAGGGGGCAACAAUGAAACAUGCGGGGAGGCUGCAGGUGGCGCGGAGAGUGAGGACGAGGCCCAUGGCGGCUGGAUCGAGGGCGCCGCCAUCCUGUUCUCAGUCAUCAUCGUUGUCCUGGUGACGGCCUUCAACGAUUGGUCCAAAGAAAAGCAGUUCCGCAAACUUCAGAGUCGCAUCGAACAAGAACAAAAAUUCACAGUCAUCCGCAGAGGACAGGUUAUCCAGAUCUCUGUGGCGGAGAUCGUGGUGGGAGACAUCGCUCAGAUCAAAUACGGAGACCUGCUGCCUGCUGAUGGGAUCCUGAUCCAAGGCAACGACCUCAAAACGGAUGAGAGCUCACUGACUGGAGAGUCUGACCAGGUUCAGAAGUCAGCAGAGAAGGACCCAAUGCUGCUGUCCGGGACCCAUGUGAUGGAGGGAUCAGGCAAGAUGGUGGUGACAGCUGUUGGCCUCAACUCUCAAACUGGCAUCAUCUUUACUCUCCUGGGUGCUGGCGAGAAUGACGAAGAGGAGAAGGUCAAGAAAACCAAGACCCAGGAUGACAUCGCAGUGGAGAUCCAGCUGCUGAAGAGUGAGGAGGCCGCCGAGUUGGAGGAGGAGGAGGAGACCAAACCAAAGGUCAACCAGGCCCUCGUGACCAAGAAGGACAAAUCUGUGCUGCAGGGCAAACUGACCAGGCUGGCUGUUCAGAUCGGGAAAACCGGUCUGAUCAUGUCGGCUCUGACCGUCAUUAUCCUCACCCUCUACUUUCUGAUUGACACUUUUGGGAUCCAGCGUCUGACCUGGAAGUCCGAGUGCACCCCCAUUUACAUCCAGUAUUUUGUCAAGUUCCUUAUCAUCGGUGUGACGGUGCUGGUGGUGGCUGUUCCUGAGGGGCUGCCGCUCGCCGUCACCAUCUCUCUAGCCUACUCUGUCAAGAAAAUGAUGAAAGAUAACAACCUGGUGCGUCACUUGGAUGCCUGUGAGACCAUGGGCAACGCCACGGCUAUUUGCACUGACAAGACAGGUACACUGACCAUGAACCGCAUGACGGUGGUGCAGGCCUACAUUGGCGAUAGACACUACAAGACCAUCCCCAAACCCACCGUCAUCAGACCAGAGACCUUGGAAAUGUUGGUCAGCAGCAUCUCCAUCAACUCAGCGUACACCACCAAGAUCUUGCCUCCGGAGAAAGAGGGCUGGCUGCCUCGCCACGUGGGCAACAAGACAGAGUGCGCUUUGCUGGGCCUGGUGCUUGAUAUGAAGAGGGACUACCAGCCGAUCAGAGACAAGGUGCCCGAAGAAGAGUUCUACAAGGUUUACACCUUCAAUUCCUCACGCAAGUCCAUGAGCACUGUGCUGAGGAACGCCAACGGUGGCUACCGCAUGUACAGCAAAGGAGCGUCAGAGAUCGUCCUGCAGAAAUGCUCUCAUAUCCUGGAUGCCCAGGGUCAGCCUCGUAUCUUCAAGUCGAAGGACUGUGAGGAGAUGGUGCGAAAUGUGAUCGAGCCGAUGGCCUGCGAUGGGCUGAGGACCAUCUGCGUGGCCUACAGAGACUUUCCUGCUGAAAACGGAGAGCCACAAUGGGGCAAUGAGAAUAAGGUCCUGAAUGAGCUCACCUGUAUCGCCGUGGUCGGCAUCGAAGACCCCGUCAGACCUGAGGUACCUGAAGCCAUCACCAAGUGUCAGCGUGCAGGAAUCACUGUUCGUAUGGUGACUGGAGACAACAUCAGCACUGCCCGAGCCAUUGCAACCAAGUGUGGCAUCCUGACACCCGGAGAGGACUUCCUCUGUCUGGAGGGCAAAGAGUUCAACCAGCUGAUCAGAAAUGAAAAAGGAGAGGUGGAGCAGGAGCGUCUGGACGAAGUUUGGCCCAAACUGCGAGUUCUGGCUCGUUCAUCUCCAACAGAUAAACACACUCUGGUCAAAGGCAUCAUUGACAGCACAGUGGGUGAAACCCGAGAGGUGGUAGCAGUGACAGGAGACGGCACCAACGACGGCCCGGCCCUCAAGACAGCUGAUGUUGGCUUUGCCAUGGGAAUCGCUGGCACAGAUGUAGCCAAAGAAGCAUCUGAUAUCAUCCUGACUGACGACAACUUCAACAGUAUUGUCAAGGCCAUCAUGUGGGGGAGAAACGUUUACGACAGCAUCUCCAAGUUCCUCCAGUUCCAGCUGACCGUCAACGUGGUGGCCGUGAUUGUGGCGUUCACCGGCGCCUGCAUCACACAGGACUCUCCCCUGAAGGCCGUUCAGAUGCUGUGGGUCAACCUCAUCAUGGACACUCUGGCCUCUCUAGCUCUGGCCACUGAGCAACCCACCGAGUCUCUUCUGCUGCGCGAACCAUAUGGCCGUGACAAACCUCUCAUCUCCACAACCAUGAUGAAGAACAUCCUGGGCCAUGCUGUGUACCAGUUGGUCAUCGUCUUUACCCUGCUCUUUGCUGGUGAGAAAUUGUUCAAUAUCAACAGUGGCCGCAAUGCUCCCCUGCACUCCCCACCAUCGGUCCACUACACCAUUGUGUUCAACGCAUUUGUCAUGAUGCAGCUUUUCAACGAAAUCAACGCCAGGAAGAUCCACGGAGAGAGGAACGUGUUCGAGGGCGUCCACAAGAACCUCAUCUUCUGCAGUGUUGUACUAGGAACCUUCUUCCUGCAGAUCAUCAUUGUUGAGUUUGGAGGGGAGCCAUUCUCCUGCAAGCCUCUGACCAUCAUACAGUGGGUGUGGUGUGUGCUCAUCGGUGCGGGGGAGCUGCUAUGGGGACAGCUGAUCUCGGACAUCCCAGUGCACCACCUGAAGUUCCUAAAAGUGGCGGGUCAAGGUAUCAAAAAGAAAGACAUCCACAAGGAGGAGCUGACGAAGGGCGCCAAUGAGAUUGACGAUGCCGAGAUGGAGCUGAGGAGAGGCCAUGUCCUCUGGGUCAGAGGCCUGAACCGCAUCCAGACUCAGAUGGAUGUGGUCAAUACUUUCCAGAAGGCUCAGGCGGUGGUGCCCAGUGCCCGGCUCCGCCAGGUGCUCGUUGCCAACAAGCACAAUGACGCCAUCCCCACCACCACUGCUGCCCCUUAGACUACAGGCAGUGAGUCGGUAACAAAGGAAAGAGUACGAGAAGAAUGCUUCGCUGCUCUCAACUCUAUUCCUUGAACAAUAUCAAACUGCAUGAUUUACCAUCCCUCUGCUCCUGUCAUUAACAGACCUCUGCAUGUUCUUAACUAAUCUCAGGUAUCUGGUGUGUUCAAGUUAUGUAGAAAAUAUUAGAAGUGGAAAAACAGCAAAUGGAGUUAGCCUGUGAGAGCAGAUGCAGCUAAAUGGAAAAACAAAAGACACUCUUACGUAUCUUAAGAUAAAGACAUUACAGGCGAGAUUUAAAACUCAGUGACAUGUUUAUAUGUCGAUAUGUAUAUUCUUGAAUAUUUUUGAAAUAUAUGUAUAUUUUUGAAGAGUAGCAGCACUAACAAAGCUCUUCUCAACUCAGUGUCUGCUAAACUGCUUUGUCUACAGCUCCCUUACAAUAAAAGCCUUUCAAUGGUU